UAUCAAUAAUCCUCUUGGGGAGAUAAGUUGUUCGAUAACUAUGUGCUAUGUGGGUUGAUAGUUGAUUCGACUGAUGGUAUCAAGUGAAACAAAAAAAUUAGUUUUUUGUAAAUAUUUUGUGUGGCAGGCUGUUGGAAGGGGUUGGUCAAAAUGGCGAACAAACCCCGCUUAGCGGUGGGUGAGUACAUAUGGGCGAAGCCAGUAACAAAUGGAGAAUUCGAUAUCCCCAUUGGAGGUAAAAUCGUGGGUGUCGAAGCCAGCAGGGUUAGAAUUUUGGACGACGAUGGGAAAGAAAGCUACAUUUCCAAUCAGCAGGUCAUCCAGUCCAUGCAUGUGUCAUCCAUUAAGGGGGUUGAAGACAUGAUCAAUUUGGGAGAUCUACAGGAGUAUGCAAUUUUAAGGAAUUUACACAAGAGAUACAGGGAGAAGUUGAUAUAUACUUACACAGGGGCUAUGUUGGUAGCAAUAAAUCCUUACGAAAUUUUACCGAUAUACACAAACGCAGUCAUCAACAGUUAUCGAGACAAACGAAUGGAAGAUAUGCCUCCCCACAUUUUUGCAGUAGGAGACAACAGCUAUAGCAAUAUGAUAAGCACCAAAAGAGACCAGUGUAUCGUAAUCAGUGGAGAAAGUGGUGCAGGAAAAACAGAGAGUACAAAACUGAUCCUUCAAUACUUAGCUUCAACAAGCGCUCAACAUAACUGGAUAGAACAGCAGAUCUUGGAGGCGCAUCCCAUUCUAGAAGCCUUUGGAAACGCCAAAACUGUCAGGAACGAUAAUUCCUCACGUUUCGGGAAAUACAUCGACAUAAAAUUCAACAAAACGGGGGGCAUUGAAGGCGCUGUCAUCGAUCAGUAUCUUUUGGAGAAGAGUCGGCUGAUAUCCCAAGCCGAAGGGGAAAGAAACUAUCAUAUAUUUUAUAGUAUGUUGGCGGGAAUGGCGAAGGAGAAGAAGAAACGUCUAGAAUUGGGUAGCGCCGAAUCAUAUGAAUAUUUGAGAUUAGGAAAAACAUUUACUUGCGAAGGUAGAAACGAAGAAAAGGAAUGGUCCGAUAUAACGGCUGCUUUCAAAGUACUUAAUUUUACCGAAAAGGAGGUUGAGGACGUUUUACAACUACUAGCAGCUAUAUUACAUCUGGGCAACCUGAAAUUCAAAAGCGGCCAGGCGGCUCAUUCAGAAAGUUCAGAGCUAGCUGAUGCCAGUGCCGGGGAACGAAUAGCUAGGCUACUGAGUGUUAAUAAAUUUGAUCUGGGCGAAGCGUUAACUAAAAGGACUAUCUACGCACAAGGAGAGCAAAUAGCUUCAACACUAACCAAACAACAAGCUUCAGAUUCUCGGCAUGCCUUUGUUAAAGGCAUAUACGGCCAGAUGUUCAUUUUCAUCGUAGAGAAAAUUAACAGUGUGAUUUCCAAUAAUAAAGGGCAAAAUAAAUCCAGUAUCGGUGUGCUAGAUAUCUUCGGUUUUGAGAAUUUUACCAUCAACAGCUUCGAGCAAACGUGUAUCAAUUACGCCAACGAAAACCUGCAGCAAUUCUUCGUUCAACACAUCUUCAAACUUGAGCAGGAAUACUACAAGAAAGAGGGAAUUAGGUGGGAUAACAUCACGUUUACUGAUAACCAGUGUAUUUUGGAUAUGAUGGCCAUGAAACCGAUGAGUAUCUUUUCUCUCAUAGACGAGGAAGCCAAAUUUCCCAAAGGUACGGAUUUCUCGCUGUUGGCCAAGCUGCAUAAACAACAUGGCGGUAAUGACAGCUACUGCAAACCAAAAAGUGAGAUGACUCCGGCGUUUGGUAUAAAACAUUUUGCGGGAGAAGUUUUUUACGAUGUAGAAGGAUUUUUGGAGAAAAACAGGGACUCUUUCAGCCAAGACUUGAGAAACCUUAUCCUCAGUUCACAGAAUCCGAUGUUCAAAGAUCUGUUUAAAAACGAACAAGAUAACAAACUCAAGAAGACACUUUCUUCUCAAUUUAGAAGCUCUCUAGACUCGUUGAUGAAAACUUUAGGAACCUGCCAUCCGUUUUUCGUAAGGUGCAUUAAACCGAAUCAUCACAAAAAACCUCAAGAUUUCGAUAAAGUACUUUGUACGAGGCAACUCCGUUACUCUGGCAUGAUGGACACCGCGAAAAUCCGCCAAGCUGGAUACCCUAUCCGCUACAGCUACAUAGAGUUCGUCGACCGGUUUCGAUACUUAGGCAAAAAUAUAAAACCGUCUACCAAAGGCGACUGCAAAAAUUCGGCAGAGAAGAUUCUGUCGGAAGUUUUCAAAGACGAGAAACACUACCAACUAGGUAAUACCAAAGUUUUCCUCAAACAACACGAGCAUGACCAUUUGGAGCAUCAACGCACUCUUGUUUUGGAUAAUUCAGUAAAGAUCCUUCAACGAGCAAUUCGUGGAUGGGUCCACAGACGAAGAUUCCUCAAAAUGAAGAAAGCUGCGUUAGUCAUUCAAAAGUACUUUAGAGCUAGAGGUUACCGAAAGAAAUUCUUGAUCAUGCGAAACGGAUACAAGAGACUGCAAGCUUGUAUAGCUUCUAGACAACUGACGUUUGCUUUUGUUAGGGUCAAGAAGAAUAUCACUACCAUUCAAGCUAGAUGUAGAGGCUUCUUGUCUAGAGACAAGAGCAAAAUAAGUAAGAUAUACGCUAUUGUGAAGCAGAGAAGGAUAGAUGAAAAGAUACUGCAGAAACAAGGAGUGAAAGAAUAUAAAUACGAAGCUGAAGCUAAGAUGAAAAUGCAGCUUGCUCAACUAGACAGUGAUUACGCUGCUAAACUUAUGGCUGAAGAUGAGUUGCAACAAAAACUCAAAAGAGAAAAAGAGUUACAGGAGAAGAAAGAUGGUGAUACCAUUGAUGACACGUUUAGAUUUUUGGAACAGGUUCUUGACAAGAAAGAGAUGGUGACACCUACUAUUGAAAAAACGAUAAUCAUAGAUAAAAACAUCGAUUUCAACGAGUACAGCUUUAGCAAAUACGCUGCAACGUAUUUUUCGAGCUCAGUCAACUACCAAUUCUCCAAGAAACCACUCAAGGAAUCUUUGCAUUACCUUCCCACUCCCGAUGAUGUUAUUGCUGCUCAAGCCAUAUGGUUGACCAUUCUCAGGUUUAUGGGAGAUUAUCCUGAGCCCAAAUAUGAUUCCAUUAAAGGUAAUGAAUCGAUAAUGAACAUUGUCUCAGAGACUUUAAGUAGGAGUUUCACGAACAGAAAAGAAUAUCAGGAAAUCCUUGUCGACGAAAGGAAAUAUGCGUCGAUGAAAAAAUCAGAACGACAGAAACUACUUCACUUGACUUUGAAGAAAAAAUCUAAGCUUCUUGAUGACGUGCGGAAAGGUUUGGUUGAGGACAGUUUUGCCACUGAUCGGUACGAUGAGUGGUUGAACAAACGUCGGACGAAUAACCUUGAAAAGUUGCAUUUCAUUAUUGCGCAUGGUAUUUUGCGUUCCGAACUAAGGGAUGAAAUUUUCGCGAUGAUCUGCAAACAACUUACUAACAACUACAUCAAAUCCUCUUACGCCAGAGGUUGGAUACUCUUGUCCCUUUGUAUCGGUUGCUUCGUGCCUUCAGAAAGGUUCACCAAAUAUCUACGAGUCUUUAUCAGGUCAGGUCCUCCGGGAUAUGCGCCUUACUGUGAAGGAAGACUAAACAGAACCAUCCAAAAUGGCUGCAGGUCGCAUCCUCCCAGCUGGUUGGAGCUUAUGGCCACCAAAAACAAGGAACCCAUAAAUUUGGAAGUGGAUCUUAUGGAUGGAACUAGUCAUAAAGUUGAGGCUGAUUCAGCUUCUACUUCCGAGGAGAUUCUGUCCCAAAUUGCAACAGCUCUAAAACUGAAGGACACUUUUGGAUUCUCCAUAUAUGUAUCUCUUGACAAGAUGGUAAUGUCAUUGGGUAGUGAAAAAGACCACGUUAUGGACGCCAUAUCACAAUGUGAACAAUACGUCAAAGUGCAAGGACAACAGGAAAGAAACGCCUCAUGGCGUUUACUACUCCGCAAAGAAAUAUUUACACCCUGGCAUAAUCCAGUUGAAGAUUCCAUGGCCACGAAUUUGAUCUACCACCAAAUCGUCCGUGGAGUCAAAUUCGGCGAAUAUCGGUGUCCCAAAGAAGGUGACAUAGCUGUCUUGAUAGCCAUUCAGUAUUACGUAGAGAACGGAGCUCCAAUCAACCAGAAAGCUCUGCAUUCGAGGAUAGGAGAGUACUUGCCUACAUAUUUGGUGAAGAGAAGCCAAAACGACUUGACCAAUUGGGAGAACAAAAUCGUUUCUGCGUUUAUUAAUUUAGCAUGUGUUAAGCAAAAACAACCUUCGAUCAAAGCUAAGGAGACUAUGGUUAAAUACGCUCAAAUGACGUGGCCCAUAUUGUUCUCCAAAUUCUUUGAAGCGGUUCAGACUUCCGGACCUUCGUUACCCAAGAACAAAAUGAUCAUAGCGGUCAACAGCGCCGGUAUAUUCAUGAUCGAUGACGAAGAACAGAUCCAUAUGGAGCUCACCUUUGCUGACGUUUCCUUCGUCACUUACGAGAAGACUGAUCAGCUGAAAUUUAUCCUAAAUACCGUAGCUAGAGAAGAAUACGCUUUCCAUACUUUAGACGCACAAUCCCUUAGCAAUUUGCUACAAUACAUUUUGGACGGAUUAAAGAAGAGAUCAGUGUAUUGUGUAUGUACUGCCGACUAUUCUCAUUCAGUAGGUGCAGAAUCAUUCCUAUCUCUUCGCAAAGGAGAUUUAAUAGUACUAGGAAACGGCCAAACCGGCGAAACAUUAAUGACAGCCUCCUGGGGAUACGGAGAAUGCAACGGAAAAUCCGGCGAUUUCCCCACAGAAAACGUCUACAUUCUCCCAACACUACAGCCACCUCCUGCAGAUAUCCUCGCCUGCUUCAAGAAAGACGGCGUUGUGACAGAGAGAAAACCAGAAACUAUAGUCACGACAGCACAAAGGAUGAAACUCUACACGCUGUCUCACUACGCCGAAGAAAACUUCAGAGCUGGCAAAUCAGUGUCGCAGAAUAAAUCGACUAUAUUGAUGGCAGCUAGAAGAACCUCUAGGGAGGAAGUGUGGAAAUAUUCCAACGAGCCCAUUUACCAGCCGCUUCUGAAGAGGCUGCUGGCAGACGAUGAAGCUAGCAAAGAAGCCUGCAAUAUCUUUACUGCAAUUUUGAAAUACAUGGGAGACUUGCCAGCGCCAAAAGCAAAAUAUAUCAAUGAAUAUACAAAUCAAAUAUUUGAAGGUCCUCUUAAGAACGAGCUGUUGAAAGAUGAAGUCUACUGUCAAAUUAUGAAACAACUGACAUUCAAUAGACUCUCACUAAGUGAAGAAAGAGGUUGGGAAUUGAUGUACCUCAUAACUGGGUUGUAUUUGCCCAGCGACAAACUCUACGGAGAAUUGCAGAAAUUCCUGAAAUCCAGAACUCAUCCAUUUGUGGAACACUGUUUAGACAGGUUGCAGAAGACACAAAAGGUGGGAUCCAGGAAAUACCCACCACACACAAUAGAAGUAGAAGCAAUCCAACACAAGAGCAUGGAGAUAUUCCACAAAGUGUACUUCCCCGACGACACUGACGAAGCCUUCAAGAUUGAUUCCUCCACACGUGCAGUGGACUUGUGUAAACAUAUUGGAACUAGAUUGGAACUGAAGUCUACCGAUGGUUUUAGCUUAUUCGUAGCUAUUGCAGAUAGAGUGUUCUCAGUUCCACAAGAUCAGUUCUUCUACGAUUUUUUGAGCGAGCUGAUCAGUUGGUAUAAGCAAACCAAACCUAGCUGGGGAAGUGCCACUCAAAUACAGGCCCAAUACCAAGUCUUCUUCAUGAAGAAAGUUUGGGUAGGCACUUACCCGGAGAAAGACCACUACGCAGACCAGAUCUUCCACUACCAUCAAGAACUUCCGAAGUAUCUUAAAGGCUACCACAAAUGUAGCAAGCAGGAUGCCAUAAAAUUGGCCAGUUUGAUUUUAAGGGCAAGAUUUGAAAACAAUGCGUCUGAGGCUAACUCCACACUGCAGCAUAACAUUAAGGACCUCCUACCAGCAGACAUCAUCAAGGCAGCUAGUUCUUCGGAUUGGAGAAAGAGUAUAUUAUCCGAGUAUAAGUUGCUCAAGUUGACGUCUGAACAAGCAAAGACUGAGUUCUUGAAUAUCACCUACAAGUGGCCUACUUUUGGAUCGGCCUUCUUUGAAGUCAAGCAAACCACUGAACCCACUUAUCCAGAUGUUAUUAUCAUCGCCAUCAACAGGAGAGGAGUUAACAUUAUACAUCCACAAACUAAGGAUAUCUUGGCUACACACGAAUACUCCGAACUGAGCAACUGGUCAUCCGGAAACGCAUACUUCCAUAUGACCGUGGGAAAUAUCAUGAGAAGGACGAAAAUAUUAUGCGAAACGUCGCAGGGAUACAAAAUGGACGACCUCAUUACGUCGUACACAGAUUUUCUUCGACAAGAACGGAUGGGAUAGACAAUUGUUUAAAUUUAUUUAUAUAUGUACAUGAAAUGUAUUAUUGUUAUUAAAUGUUAUAUAAAUAUGUAAUUUUGAAA